UAAUAUAAACAUAACCUAUACGACUUAAUUCAAUUAGUAGAAAAAUGUAAACAAAAGUCACAAUCCAAUUUUAAAGGGAAACCUUAUAACAGAAUUUCUCGAAUAACAAUGUGAUAAGAAUGUAUCCCAUUCGUUUUUUUACUUGGAAAAAGUUAAAACUCAUAUUAUUCACCACACUAUUGUUUUUCCUACUGGUUGUCUUUGGAGUGUUUCACCACCCCCUGGAAAAGAACUUUUACACCGACUUCAAGUACCCAUUCGAUGGCGAUAUAGAGCGUCUAGUCCUUAAGUUAAAAAGCAAUCAAACCCCCGAGGUUCCCAUAAUAAACUCGUAUAAUUUUACCUUUUACAAAAGCUGUGAUAAUAAAUGUCGUGGAGUAAGUCAUCUUCAACUUGUAUACAUAAUAAAAUCAGCCUCAAAGCACUUCCAGAGGAGAUUGGCCAUCAGAAGGUCCUGGGGCUUUCAGAGAAGAUUCUCUGAUGUUGAGAUAAGAACAGUGUUCCUUAUAGGCAUUACAAAUGAUAAUACUAUCAACAAAUCUGUAGAGGAAGAAUCUCAGAAAUAUAGCGAUAUCGUUUUAGCAAAUUAUGUUGACACAUACUUUAAUAAUACAUACAAGACUAUGUCAGGCUUUGAAUGGGCUAUGAAACACUGUUCAAAAUCAAAAUUUUAUAUGUUUGUUGACGAUGAUUACUAUGUUUCUACUAAAAAUCUCCUAAGAUUCUUGAGGUUUCCUACUAAUUACCCAGGAUACCUAAAAGAGCCUUUGGGGAGCUUUAGGAACCUAAUUAGGAAGCCUCAGGGUUUAAAUGUUAUUGAGUUUGAGUUAGACGAUGAUGUAAGAUUGUAUACUGGGUAUGCUUUUAAAUCUGCACCACAUAGGCAUUAUUUUAGUAAAUGGUACAUAUCUCUCGAAGAAUAUCCCUACCACCUUUGGCCCCCAUAUGUAUCAGCGGGAGCAUAUGUAUUAUCAAAUGCAGCCCUGAAAGACAUGUAUUACGCGAGUUUCUACACGAAACACUUCAGAUUUGACGAUAUAUAUGUGGGAAUUUUGGCAUACAAGACCAACAUUGAGCCCCUUCACAGUGAAGAAUUUGCUUUUAAUAAGAAGCCCUACAGUCCUUUGAAUUAUCAAUAUUUGGUAUCCUCGCAUGGAUAUGGGAAUCCAGAGGAGAUGGUGUCAGUAUGGAAUCAACAGAAGAGUUUAGGACAUGCUUAGAAGAUUACUAUUUAUUUAUUUGAGAGAUGUAUGUUUAAUAAUAAUGUGAAAUAAAGUGUAAAAUAAAUAAAA